AUGGUGGGGUUAGAUGAUGUCAUGCUCGACAUCAUGGAUAAGCUCACCGGAGGAUCGUGCAGCCGGCAAACCAUACCUAUUGUGGGUAUGGGUGGCAUAGGUAAGACUACUCUUGCGAGAAAUGUUUAUUUAGACUCGUGCGUAAAAAGUCACUUUGAUAUUCUCGCUUGGGCUACCGUUUCUCAUGAAUAUAACGCGAAAGAAAUUCUCACGGAGCUCAUUGUGUGUCGGAAAGAGAACGGUAGCAAGGAAAGUGUCGAUGCAUGGGAUAGAGUGAAAUUCUUUUUUCCGGAUAACGAUAACAAAAGUAGAGUGAUGAUAACCACUAGGCUGUCGAACUUGGCUUUUGAAUUAACCGGCGGCACUCAUGACCAUGUGACGAUGAGUUUUCUAGACGAGGACAAAAGUUGGAAUCUACUUUGCCAAACUGUGUUUGGCGACGAAGAAGAAGAAGCUUGCCCGAUCGAACUCGAAGAAAACGCGGAAGACGAGCACUGCACGAAAAUACUGCAAAUGAGCUACGACCAUUUGCCCGUUCACCUAAAGCCGUGUUUUCUCUACAUGGGCAUGUACCCUCAAGACUCUGAGAUUCGCGUCUCGAAUCUCACGAAGCUAUGGAUUGCCGAGGGAUUCCUCAAGCCAAUCGCGAGUAAAAGCUUCGAACAAGCCGCGCGAGAGUACUUAAACGACCUCGUCGACCGAAAUCUCGUGUUCGUCAGCCGUAAACGAUAUGGCACGAAAAUAAAGUACUACAAGCUCCACGAUCUCUUGAUGGAGCUUUGCGUGAGGGAAGCUCAGAAGCACAAGUUCCUUUUUUCCACCAAUCGAAACACUCCACCAAGCAUAACAACUAACCAGCGUCGUGUGGUCAUUCACAAAGGCAUCGAUCCUCGAGUCGUUUAUGCUUUGAAGAAAUAUUCGCCGCUCGUUCGAUCCUUCACGCGCAAGUCCUACAGCCUCGCAGAGUCCUUAGAUUUUAGAUUGAUGAGAGUGUGGAAUGGGCUUCACGCGAAUAUUUCUUAUUCGCUAAUGCCAAGUCCAAGUUUAGUUAACUGCCGGUAUAUCGAUAGCCUCAAUAUAUCGAGUCGUGAUAUUCCGGUCCCACACUUUUGGAAUCUACAGACAAUAUUCGGCACAUCCGGAAGCGCGUAUAUCAAUCCCUUGCAGAUUUGGAAAAUGACUCAACUCAGGCACGUGAAGUUCGACCUUCUCUAUCUGCGUGAUCCGAACAAGGAAAAAUUCGUUCUCGAGAAUCUGCAAGAGCUUUCGACCGUGCACAACUGCAAGUUCAACCUAGGAUUAAUCAAGAGGAUCCCAAACAUCAAGAAACUCGGAUUGUUUUACGAUGAGAGCCGGAGUUAUUUAUCCGAGAGCCUCGUUUUCCCGCGCUCGGUCAAGAAGUUGACUUUGCUAGGCACGGAGCUCGGGUGGGAGGACAUGGCAAGGAAAAUAGGGUGUUUGCCUAAUCUCGAGAUACUCAAGCUAAAAGUGAGCGCGUUCGUGGGGCCCGAGUGGGAGACAGAGGAAGGCCAGUUUCGCAGCCUCAAGUUCAUGCUCGUCUCGUAUUGUACGGAUCUCGAGAGAUGGAAGUUGGAGAGCAGCCAUUUCCCGUGCCUCGAGCAGGUCGUGCUUCAGAAGCUGACGAAGCUGAAGGAGUUGCCUCGUGAGAUUGGUGAUAUAAUGGCGUUGGGAUUGAUCGAGCUGGAAUAUUGUAGCCGUGAGGCCGUGGUUUGUGCUAGAGGUAUAGUUGAGGAGCAAGAGGAGAUUGGGAAUGAGGAGAUUGGGAAUGAGGAGCUUCAGGCUCGUGUUGUGCUGUCGAAGAAGAUGUACGAAGAGAUCGAGAGCUUUGCGGAAAGUCGUAGUAAUUUCCAAAAAACUGAAGCCCCCGACCUCCCGUUUUCCGACAGCGGCUGCGCUUGGCUUCCCCUACAAUUUCAGCUUUCGGGCUCGAUUUCGAGGGUUAGCUGUUCGGGAGAUGGGGAGGAUACUAUUCUACUAUAG